AAUUUUCUCUCGUAAGGCGGCGGAAUCAAUACGUCUGUGAUCUGUUUAAGCCCAGCGGAGCCAGACUUCCAGUAUUUCACGCCUGCUAUAUAAUCGACCCACCAAAGCUCAACUCGAAGAUACCAUCGCCAGCAGCCAACCGACGAAAGAUGUACGAUCCGAACACCAAAGAGUCAGGUGAUGAUAACGAUAAGAGCGCCGCAGACAGUAAGAGCGGCUCGCUCAAGCAUGGCCGCACCUCAGCACCUGACUCUGAUGCCGAUGACUUCCAACCCCGAAAAAAGAGAAAGAGUGGUGUUGAUCGGCCGGAGGUAGAUGCUCCUGUCGCAACAGAGGACUAUACUGUGGGCUGGGUGUGUGCCCUCCCGUUGGAAAUGGCUGCCGCGAAAGGGAUGCUCGAUCAGGUUCAUCCGAACUUGCCCUGGCAGGAUCCAGCCGACCAUAACAGCUACGUCUUGGGUCAGGUCCAAGGCCAUAACGUCGUCGUCGCCUGCCUGCCUGCAGGCAUCUAUGGAACAACACCAGCUGCCACGGUCGCGAAGGACUUGCUGCGGACCUUUAAGUUAAUCCGGUUCGGCUUGAUGGUUGGAAUCGGCGGUGGUGUACCGUCGCGAAAACAUGACAUCCGGCUGGGCGACGUCGUGGUUAGCCAACCCACUGAAAUAAGUGGAGGUGUCAUCCAGUACGAUCGGGGGAAGACGGUGCAGGAGGGGGAGUUCCAACGUACAGGAUCGCUCAACGCACCACCCCAGGUCCUGUUAGCCGCCCUGAGUCGUCUCCAGGCCGACCACCUAAUCGAAGACAGCAGAAUCCCCCAAUUUCUAUCUGAGCUUGUCAGCAAAAGCCCUAAAAAGAUGAAAAAGAAAUUCGGUCAUCAAGGUGCUCUCUACGAUUAUCUCUUCCAAGCAGGAUAUGACCACCUUAGUCCAGACUCUACUUGUGAUCAGUGUGAUCAUACACACACGAUUCAGCGGGAGGACAGAGAUGAAACAGACCCGUUUAUUCAUUACGGUAAUAUUGCCUCAGGCAAUCAGGUAAUCAAGCAUGGAAAGACACGCGAUAAGUUAAGCAAAGAGCUUGGGGUGCUCUGCUUCGAGAUAGAGGCUGCAGGACUACAAGAUUUCCCAUGCCUAGUAAUCCGUGGUGUUUGCGACUACGCGGACUCUCACAAGAACAAACGGUGGCAAGAAUACGCAGCUGCAACAGCAGCCGCGUUUACAAAGGAGCUUCUUUCAGUCAUACCGCUAAAUAGGGUCCUGCAGGAGAAGACUAUACUGCAGUUAGUGUCUGAUCCUCACCUUCAUGAGCUUGUUUCGAAUACAAAUACGGCUAUCUUGGCACAGACGCAGAAGCAGGAGGUCAGAUACGAGAGCCAAAUACAGGUUGAUUGCCAUCGAACAUUCAAAACAAGCGCAUAUGAGAAGUUUAAGAACAUCAACCCCGACCGAGUCCCGGGCACAUGCAAAUGGGUGUUAGAGCAUCGACGAUAUACAAAAUGGCAGCAGAGCCGUCAGGAUGACCUCCUUUGGAUUUCGGCUGACCCAGGCUGCGGAAAGUCUGUAUUAGCCAAGUCCCUUAUUGACGAGGAGAUACAACAAUCGAACGAGCAUACAGUGUGCUACUUCUUCUUUAAGGACAACGAUGGCCAAAACAGUCUCGCGACAGCCUUAUGUGCUCUUCUUCAUCAGCUUUUCGACUGUCAGCCACCCCUUAUCCGCCAAGCUAUGGCGGCAUUUGAAAAGAACGGAGAGAAACUGCAGACUGAAGUGGAUGAGCUGUGGCGUAUCUUCAUAGCUGCUUCUACGGACGAUAAAGCAGUCAAUGUCACUUGUGUUUUAGACGCUCUAGACGAGUGCUGCCUUGAUGACCGACGAAAGAUCAUCAGGCUUCUAACAAACUUCUAUAACCGGCAACCGACAUCCACGAGAAAGUUUCAACUGAAGUUCCUAGUAACUAGUCGACCUUACCAGGACAUCGAAUCUGAGUUUCGCGACAUACCCGAGCCUCGAACGAUUCGUCUCGCUGGCGAAGAGAGCAAUGCUGAUAUCAGCGAGGAGAUCAACCUCGUUAUCAGACACAAGGUAGCCACAGCCGGGCGCAAACUUGAGUUGAGUCAGGAAGAGCAGACCGCGUUAGAGGAAAGACUGUUGUUAGUCCCGCAUCGAACCUAUCUUUGGCUACACCUCGUUAUUGACGAGGUCCAUCACAAUCCAAAGCGGCACAAAAAGGCUUUCAUCCAGGAACUUGAUUUUCUCCCGGCAACAGUAGAAGAAGCCUACGAGAAGAUUCUGGGUAGACUCAGACCUAGUCAACAAGAAGAGGCACGUAUUCUUCUUCACAUCGUCGUUGGCGCUCGCCGACCACUCACACUCUCCGAAAUGGACAUGGCGUUCCAACUGGCCACGGACUCAUCAGAUGCUCAGAAACAUGAGGACCUUGAUCUCAAUCACAAUCAUAUCAAGUCACAGAUCAGGGAGCUUUGUGGGCUGUUUGUGUUUAUCAAAGAUGACCGAAUCUACCUCAUACACCAGACAGCGAAGGAAUUCCUCAUCACAAAGGAUAUUUCCAACUGUUCGAUAGAAAAUUGUUGGAAAGGCUCCCUCUACAGACCAGAUUCAGACACGAUAAUGACGCAAAUUUGUGUUCAAUAUUUGUCAUUUGGGGAUAUUCUUGAGGAUCGGUUCCGUGCUGAUAGAAGGAAGCUAGAUACCGAUAAAACACAGUACCCCUUUUUGGAAUAUUCUGCAAUAUACUGGCCUUCACACUCGCGAGACGCAAAUCGCCUCAAGGAGGGAUUACAAAAGCAGAUCUUGCGGCUAUACGAUAUGCGAGAUCAGCGAUUCGAAAGAUGGGUCUCAAUCUUUUGGCAUACAAACUAUCAGUACCAAGCGAGGCAUAGCCUCAACAGUGUGCAUCUGGCUGCACUGAAUGGCCAUGAUGAAGUUUUAUCGAGACUGCUCGCAUUAGAUGCCGCUGCUUUAAACUCAAGGGACAAUAAGGGUCAGACACCACUGAUUUGGGGGUCUUUGGAAGGCCGACAGAAGGCCGUCCAGAUGCUUCUCGGCAAGGGCGCAAAUGUUAACGCACAAGGCGGCGAGUAUGGCAACGCUCUUCAGGCUGCAUUAUCCAGAGGCUACGACAACAUCGCCCAGAUGCUUCUUAGCAAAGACGCAGACGUCAACGCACAAGGCGGCAAGUAUGGCAACGCUCUUCAGGCUGCAUCAUCUGAGGGCCAUGACAACAUCGUCCAGAUGCUUCUUAGCAAAGACGCAGACGUCAACGCACAAGGCGGCUUCUGUGGCAACGCUCUUCAGGCUGCAUCAUCUGAGGGCCACGACAACAUCGUCCAAAUGCUUCUUAGCAAGGGCGCAGACGUCAACGCACAAGGCGGCUUCUAUGGCAACGCUCUUCAGGCUGCAUUAUCCAGAGGCUACGACAACAUCGCCCAGAUGCUUCUUAGCAAAGACGCAGACGUCAACGCACAAGGCGGCAAGUAUGGCAACGCUCUUCAGGCUGCAUCAUACGGAGGCCAUAAUAGCGUUAUUCAGACACUUCUUAGCAAGGGCGCAGAUGUCAACGUACAAGGCGGCUUCUUUGGCAACGCUCUUCAGGCUGCAUCAUCUGAGGGCCAUGACAACAUCGUCCAGAUGCUUCUUAGCAAGGACGCAGACGUCAACGCACAAGGCGGCUUCUAUGGCAACGCUCUUCAGGCUGCAUCAUCUGAGGGCCACGACAACAUCGUCCAGAUGCUUCUCAGCAAAGACGCAGACGUCAACGCACAAGGCGGCAAGUAUGGCAACGCUCUUCAGGCUGCAUCAUACGGAGGCCAUAAUAGCGUUAUUCAGAUACUUCUUAGCAAGGGCGCAGAUGUCAACGCACAAGGCGGCGAGUAGCGUUCUCAACUUCAUCUCGGGUUUCGGACGAUCUCCCGCCAGCUCGCAGGCUGCUAUGCUUGAGAUACUCGACGCCCAGCGGGCAAGGGAUAUAAAAUGCCACUGGUCGCCCGGACAUACCGGGAUCCCUGGAAACGAAUUAGCUGAUAAGCUUGCUAAAGAAGGAGCCGCUCUCCUACUGCCUGACCCUCCA